AGUGUAUCGAGCAAAGCAAAGCGAAGCUGAGCUGGCGUACAGUCCAAAGCGAGCCAUGGCGGAGCUCCGCCACUCGAGCUCCAUGAGCAGCCGAGCCACGGCGUCUCCGAUGAAGCGAGACGACGUCUCUUCACCAUUGUCCCCCGACAACCUCCCCUACGACGACGAUGACGAUCGUCACUCCCGAGAUCGAGUCCGCUCUUUUUUGUCAAAUUUCCAGUCGUUAUUGCCGUUCUUGGGUGAUGAAACUAGGGUUCAUUCUCGUAAUUUUAAGAUCUCGCUUUUCUUGUUCCUCAUCGUCAUUCUUGCUGGAUUAGUUUUGGUGUCUUCAAUCGUGAAUCGAUGGGUAAACGAGUGGUACGGGAAUGAAAAUGUCUCUGACUUUAUGUACUUCGUAUUAAAAUGUGGAUAUGUGAUGAAACAAGUUCCUUGUCUGAGACACGAUAUCACUGUUGCCUAUACAAUUUUUCUCCUAAUGCUGCCCAAUAAGGCUGUUCGGACUCCCUCUUGUAUGAGGAAAUUUGAAGACAUAUUCGAUGUAGAUCACUUCAUUGAUUACUUGAAGGAUGAUGUUCAAAUAGUUCGUGAUAUCCCUGAAUGGUUUACUGACAAAUCAGAGCUGUUCACAAGUAUUAGGCAAAAAGUUUGUAGGAUGAUCAAAGGCAAGGACUUCACUCAGACGCUCAUGGUCAUUGUCAUAGGCGCCAAGAGGGGACGGACGGUCAAGAACAUUCCAAAGUAUGCUCCAGCACAAUUUUAUAUUGACAAUGUUUUGCCUCGGAUCAAGGAGAAGAAGAUAAUGGCCUUAAAACCCUUUGUGGAUCGACUUGGGUAUGAUAAUGUUCCUCCAGAAAUCAACAGACUAAGGUGCAGGGUUAACUAUCAUGCUUUAAAAUUUCUUCCGGAGAUUGAUCGGAUGGCUGAUCAAUUAGUAUCAAGAAUGAGAAACCGCACAGGAAACUCAAAUCAUUUCAUGGCUCUUCACCUUAGGUUUGAGAAAGGGAUGGUGGGCCUGUCAUUCUGUGAUUUUGUGGGGAGAAGGCUGGAGAAAGCUCUAAUGUCUGCAUACAGAUCGAAAGAAUGGCCUCGACGGUUCAAGGAUGGUUCCCAUCUAUGGGGACUGGCUCUGCAGAAGCGGAAGGAAGGACGGUGCCCUCUUGAGCCUGGGGAGGUGGCAGUGAUGCUUCGGGCAAUGGGCUAUCCGAAGGAAACUCAAAUAUAUGUUGCUUCUGGGCAGGUUUAUGGUGGGCAGAACCGUAUGGCACCGCUCAGGAACAUGUUCCCAAACCUUGUUACAAAGGAGGAGUUGGCAGGCAAGGAGGAGUUGGAUGGCUUCAGGAAGCAUGUCACAAGCUUGGCAGCCCUCGAUUUCUUGGUCUGUCUGAAGUCUGAUGUGUUUGUCAUGACCCAUGGAGGCAACUUUGCAAAACUGAUAAUUGGGGCUCGUAGGUACAUGGGUCACCGCCAAAAAUCCAUAAAACCAGAUAAGGGGCUAUUGUCCAAAUCUCUAGGGGACCCCUAUAUGGGCUGGGCCUCCUUUGUGGAAGAUGUGGUUGUUACCCACCAGUCACGGGCUGGAUUGCCUGAAGAAACCUUCCCCAACUAUGAUAUUUGGGAAAACCCUUUGACACCUUGCAUGUGCAGAGCCUGA